AUGUCUUUGAGCAGCUGUAUACGCCGCUCCAUCGCCAGCAGGAGUCUACGGUCAUUCGCUCGUCCGUCUUCAACCUCCAUCACUCGACCAGCAGCAUUGGCCUACCGCCCGUUUUCGCUAUCCACAAAAUUCGCCCAGGACCAUCAAGAGAAGAUUGAACACGAUGCGCUAGACGCCUCCGAUGCUGUUUCUCAGCCACUAGAAACAUCUGAAGAUGCUACGCCUUCUUCUACAGAGCUCGAGGCAGUCCCGUGGUACCUACAAGUCGAUACUCCCACGCCACAACAAGAACACCCUUUCGCCGAACGCCAAAAACUUCCCGACCUGCCCGAGUCUCCUCCUGCCCUCUUGCAGCCCAUUCUUGAGCACGUCUCUGUCGAGCUUGGCUUGGACCACCUCUCCCUCAUCGAUCUACGUGAACUCGACCCACCUCCCGCCCUUGGUGCAAACCUGCUCAUGAUCAUUGGAACUGCUCGUUCCGAAAAACAUCUGCAUGUGUCUGCUGAUCGCCUGUGCCGCUGGCUGCGUACUGAGCACCAUCUGACCCCUUUCGCCGACGGUCUGCUUGGUCGCAAUGAGCUCAAGCUCAAGCUGAGGCGCAAGGCCAAGAGAUCUCGCCUGCUGAGCGCAGUUGGCGCAAAGGAGACUGCCAGCCAAGACCUCGACGACGGCAUCAGGACAGGCUGGGUCUGUGUCAACGUUGGUAGAGUUGAAGGUGGUGCUCUCCAGAAGCCCGCUGAGGAGAUGGAGAACAUUGUCGGUUUUGGCAGUCAAUCUUCUGGCUCCAGAAUUGUCGUACAGAUGAUGACGGACGAGAAGCGAGGACAAAUCGAUCUCGAGACGUUGUGGAGUGGCAUCCUCAAGAGAUCCAUCAAGAGCAAGGCUGACAAGGAUCAAGAUGUCGAUGACGCUGAGAAGCGCGUGCGUAGUGGCAUGCUGCUUGAGGAGUCGUCUGAAAAGCCCGGCGCCUACCGCUACCGUCCUCAUGCUGCUGACUUUCCCAGUGGACAACAGGCUCGAGCAUACCACUCUUCCGCCAGAUCCUCAACCCAACAAGGUGCGCAAAUAUCAACAACUUCACAAAACAACACUCAAUCUGACAGAUUUGUUCAAAGUGCCGUCAUCCUGAACAACAUGGUCGAUCACCUCAAAAUGAUAAGCUCACAUGAUGCCGUUCAGGCACUUGGCAGUAACAGCAACGAUCAGAAGUCCACUCCUUUUCUCCAGGCCUUUUACAGUGCAAUGCCUAGGUUUCCAGAGACGACGCAUUGGCAUGCACACGUCUUACUCCAUUGCCAUGCGGUUCGCUUGGGUCAUUGCGGCUACUCUUCCACUUGUCUGAUUCAAGACCUGGAAAGUAUGCGCAUGGCUUGUCUCGUCCCAGACGAAAGGACCUAUUUAGCCGUGUUGGAAGCCAUCAUGCUGCCGUGCUUAGGCAAGUCACCAGUUGCCGGAGUUAACCUUGACCGGACUACACUGCGGACAGCGCUUGCUGUAUUGGACCGCAUGUUCGAAGACGGCUACGAUCCAGUAAGCAACUCGGUCUGCCAGAUCUUGUAUCAGGCGACAUCUACCAAAAUCACCAUGGUUGAAGAGUCUCAACUCAGUAUGAACGACGAAUCUGUAUCAACAUAUCAACAGCAAUCUACGCUACAUCAACUCACAACUGCUCUUUCUGUCUAUGCUCUUCACACUUCCGCUCAAGAUGCUGCUUGGUCUGAGUUCUGGGAUACGUGGCGCUCAUUUCCUUGCCGCAUGUCGCCACGCUCGAGUGACAUGUACGUGACCAUGUUCGAAAGUGUUGCCGAAAGAAACAGUCAGAAAGACGCCAUGGAUGCUUUGCGACAAUGUGUACCAGAAAUGUUGCGCGAACAACCAGCCAUCAGACUUGGAGGUCAGGUAGCAGCUGCCGUCUUGCGUUGUCUUCACGUUGCUGAGCCUCGAGCUGAAAAGUUGGCCCGGCAAGGAAACCGUGGUGAAUGGGCAGUGCUUUGGCUGCGAUGUGCUAAGGCUUUGGAAGUGGUUUGA